CCGGAGAUAUUUAAAUGUGUCGGCGGCUCCGCGGACGCCCGGAGCCUCCAGAACUUCCCCUCCGCUCCAGCCCUCCGCUCGGCUCCCCGCCGACCCGCCGCCGCCGCCGGAUCCGCUCCCGGCCGCAGCGGCCAGGCUCGCCCGGGCUCCGCGCAGUCACCAGGGGGCACGCACGCCGCCUCCCCGGCGGUAACGAGAGGAAUGCGCUGAGGGAAGCUCGCUCCCGCUCCGGCCGCUCCAUCCUUCCUGCCGCCGCGGCGUGAUGGAGCGCUGCGCUGCGUAGAGCAGCAGUCCGGCGGGACUGCCCCUGGCUUUUUUUCCGGGGGAACAUCAUAUUGGAUCAUAUUGUUUGCAGGACGCGGUUCCUCCCGCAGCCCCCCCACUCCAUCCCGGCGUAGCGGCGAAGUGAACAUGGCGACUGUACCAGUAUAUUGCAUCUGCAGAUUACCGUACGACGUGACCCAGUUUAUGAUCGAGUGCGAUGCCUGCAAGGACUGGUUCCACGGCAGCUGUGUGGAGGUGGAUGAAGAUGACGCUCCGGACAUCGACAUCUAUCACUGUCCCAACUGUGAGAAGACUCACGGCAAAUCCACCAUGAAGAAGAAAAAGAACUGGAGCAAACACGACACGGGCCAGAGCACCGACAUCAAGGCCGUGCAGAACGGCAGCCAGGUGUUCAUCAAGGAGCUGCGCAGCAGGACGUUUCCCAGUGCGGACGACGUUCUGGUGAAGCUGUCGGGCUCUCAGCUGUGUAUGGACUACCUGGAGGAGAACGGCUUCAACGAGCCCAUCCUGGUGCAGAAGAAGGAGGGUCUGGGCGUGGCCAUGCCGGCGCCCACCUUCUACAUCAGCGACGUGGAGAACUACGUCGGUCCGGACGUGGGCGUGGACGUGGUGGACGUCACCAAGCAGACCGACAGCAAGAUGAAGCUGAAGGAGUUUGUGGAUUAUUACUACAGCACCAACAGGAAGAAGGUGCUGAACGUCAUCAACCUGGAGUUCUCCGACACCAGGAUGAACAACAUCGUGGAGAGCCCACAGAUCGUCCGGCAGCUGUCCUGGGUGGAGAACUACUGGCCGGACGACGCUCUGCUGGGGAAGCCCAAAGUCACCAAGUACUGUCUGAUCUGCGUCAAGGACAGCUACACCGACUUCCACAUCGAGUGCGGCGGCGCCUCCGUCUGGUACCACAUCCUCAAGGGGGAGAAGAUCUUCUUCCUCAUCAAGCCCACCUCGGCCAACCUGUCCCUGUACGAGCGCUGGAGGUCGUCGUCCAACCACAGCGAGAUGUUCUUCGCAGACCAGGUGGACAAAUGCUACAAGUGCACGCUGAAGCAAGGACAGACGCUCUUCAUUCCUUCAGGUUGGAUCAACGCCAUCCUGACUCCGGUGGACUGUCUGGCUUUCUCCGGACACUUUGUCCACAACCUGAGCGUGGAGAUGCAGAUGAGAGCGUACGAGAUCGAGAAGCGGCUCAAGGUCAAAACUCUCACUCCUUUCCCAAACUUUGAGACGGCGUGCUGGUACGUGGGACGACACCUGCUGGAGCGCUUCAAAGGUUUACAUAAAGCAAAUAAGCAGCCGGCUCCGUACCUGAUCCAUGGUGCCAAAAUCAUAAACGGAGCCUUCAGGGCGUGGACGAAGAAGCAGGCCCUCCUGGAACAUGAAGACGAGCUUCCAGAGAACAUGAAACCGUCGCAGCUCAUCAAGGAUCUUGCCAAAGAGAUCAGACUGUCAGAGAAUGCAACUAAAGCCAUAAAGAGCGAGCCCAGCAUGAGGCUCCCGGUGGAGGAGGCUCCGUCCACCCACUCCGACCCCGACGACCCCGGCUCCCCGGCUCACGCCCCCUCGCCCAGCAGGGACAAGUCCCGAAAGAAGACUUCCAAACCCCCCAAGACCCCCAAACCCCCCAAGAUGCCCAAGGUGCCCAAACCUCCCAAGAUGCCAAAGGUGAAGGAAGGCGGAAAGAAGAAGGCCAAGAAGACGAAGGAGCUGUCGCCGCCCCCCAAACCCUCCAGCUUCGCCGCUCUGGAGUCCCACGCCAAGGACAUCCUGAGUAAGAUGGACCAGCCAAAGAAGACAAAGGCUGUGAAGAACGUCCUGAGCAUGUCGGAGAAAGAGACGUCCAAGCAGAACAACAUGGACAAGUUCGACAUCCGAGAGCAGAAUAAAAACAAGACCGAGGCCAAGUGGAAGUACAAGAACAGUAAACCCGACUCUCUGCUGAAGAUGGAGGAGGAGUGUAAGUUCGACAGGACGCCGCUAUCAGGAAACAAAGACCGCUUCAGUUUCACCAUGUCUCACAGGAAAACACUCGGCUCCAAGACGCUGAAACCUCAAACCAACUCCAGUGUUUUUGGAUCGUUACAAAACCUGAAGGAGGACAAGCCCAAGCCGGUGAGGGACGAGUACGAGUACGUGUCGGACGAGGGCGAGCUGAAGAUCGACGAGUUCCCCAUCCGGAGGAAAAAGAACGCGGUGAAGAGGGAUCUGUCCUUUUUGUCCGACAUCAGAGAACCCAUCCAACCAGCCAAAAAACCAAAGUUUCAGCCCCUGGUGUCCAAGAGCAUAGACUCCUCCGACGAGGAGACGCUGCACAUAGACACGGAGGCCAAACCCGAGGUCAAAGGUCGCAACUCCAAGGUGAAGAAGAAGGGCGGCAGUGCGGCGGGGAUCCUGGACCUGCUGCAGGCCAGCAAGCAAGUGGGUGGGAUCGACUACAGCGCCAACAGUCAGCCACCUGCGUCUCCCAGCACACAGGAGGCCAUUCAGGGCAUGCUGUCCAUGGCCAACCUGUCGUCUUCAGAGAGCUUGCAGCAGCCGUGGGGCAACAGCCAGGCCAAGAGCAACAGCCAGUCCCGAAGCAACUCGCACGGCCCGCUGGGGGGCAGGAAGGCCGGCGGGGGAGGGGGCGGAGGAGGCGGCGGGGGAGGAGCCAACAACAGCAGCAAGCGGCCCACCAAACGCCUCCCCAAGAAGCCCAGGAAAAGCAGCAGCAUGGAGAGUCUGGACUACGACGACGAGCAGGACCACAUGGACGCCUGCUUCAAGGACUCCGACUACGUUUACCCCUCGCUGGAGUCGGAGGAGGAUAAUCCAGUGUUCAAGUCCAGGUCCAAGAAGAGGAAAAGCAGUGACGACACUCCGUACAGCCCCACAGCUCGCGUCGGACCGUCGGUUCCCCGGCACGAGCGACCGGCCAGAGACGGAGCCCGGGUGGCGUCCAUCGAGACGGGCCUGGCCGCCGCCGCCGCCAAGCUUUCCCAUCAGGAGGAGCAGCAGAAAACCAAGAAGAAGAAGAAGAGCGCCAAGAAGAAGGCGCCGGUGCCGGAGGAGCCGGUCAGACUCUCUCAGGACAGUAGCUCUCCGGAGCACAACCCGGACUCGCAGGACGGCAGCCUGACCGACCAGGAGUUCAACCCCGGCAAGUCCCCGGGGGGGCCGCAGCCCAUGGCGCCGGGGGUCUUCCUCAGCCAGCGGCGGCCGUCCGUGUCCUCCCCCCACCACAGCACCAACUCCACGAGCACCAACAGCAGCGGCGGCCCGGCCAAGGCGGAGCGCUCCGGCUCCGCCGACGCUAAAGCGAAGCGGUUAAAGAAAGGCAUGGCCACGGCCAAACAGAGACUGGGAAAGAUUUUAAAGAUCCAUCGAAACGGGAAGCUCCUCCUGUAGCAAGCAGCGGCUGGGAGCCGGACUGAGAGCCUGUGAGCUGGGUCCUUCCUGAUCUGACCCCUCCUGACCCCAUGACCCCUCUGACCCCUCCUGACCCUUCCUGACCCCGCCUGACCCCUAUGACCCCUCCUGACCUCACCCUGAUCCCUCCCGAACCCUAUGACCUCAUCCAGACGUUGUCCCGACCCCGUCCUGACCCUUUUGACCUUGUCCUGACCCCUCUGACCCCCGACCUGCUCACUGGUUAACACCACGGACGGGAUUUAAAAAGAGGAAAAAAACUGAUGGAAGAAGAAAAUCAUGCAUUUUUUUUUCGAUUUCUAAGAAGAACAUCACUCACAUAGGUUUUUGCCUCUACUUAUACUUUAUAACUUUCAGAUAUUAAAGUGUACAGAAGCUACUAUAAAUAUUUUUUAAGAGAACAUGUCUCAUUUUACUACAGCGCUCACGUUUAUCAGGGGUUGAAGCUCGACAUGAAGUAGAAGUACAUGGCAGUCAUUCCAGACCUGUGAAAGUAUCCCCUGCAUGUAUUCAGUUGCAUGUGCGCUUGGGUGG